GUCAAGUAAUUCAUUGUAUCAGAUUUAGACGGGAGGAAGCAGCGAGCCAGUCUGCUGGUCGGAAAAACAACUUUGGUCCGAGAAACACUGAAAAACCUAACUGCUAGGCACAUAAACUGAAGGGAUGGCAGCCAUCCGUAAGAAGCUGGUAAUAGUGGGGGAUGGAGCAUGCGGGAAGACUUGCCUUCUAAUUGUCUUCAGCAAAGAUCAGUUCCCUGAAGUCUAUGUCCCCACUGUGUUUGAGAACUACGUUGCUGACAUAGAGGUGGACAGCAAACAGGUGGAGUUGGCUCUUUGGGACACAGCAGGUCAGGAGGACUAUGACAGACUGAGACCUCUCUCCUAUCCAGACACUGACGUCAUCCUCAUGUGUUUCUCCAUAGACAGCCCUGACAGCUUGGAAAACAUUCCAGAGAAGUGGACCCCGGAGGUCAAACACUUCUGUCCAAACGUUCCCAUCAUUCUGGUCGGAAACAAGAAAGAUCUGCGUAAUGACGAGCACACACGCAGAGAGCUGGCCAAGAUGAAACAGGAGCCAGUGAAGUCAGAAGAGGGCCGAGACAUGGCCGGGCGGAUUGCAGCAUUUGGCUACAUGGAGUGCUCUGCUAAGACCAAGGACGGCGUGCGGGAGGUGUUUGAGAUGGCCACUAGGGCAGCACUGCAGGCCCGUCGUGGAAAAAAGAGCAAUAAAUGUGUGCUACUGUAAAUUGGCCGUCAUAUUUGGACUGUUUUCACCCUGGGUUACUAUACCUGGGGAUAGGGCUUGGGAGGGACAGAGG